UGAUUGAUUGUAAUCAUGGCGGACCAGGAGACGAAAUCCCGAGACGAUGUUGUGUCUCCUGUGAACGACAGCGACUUAGAAAGCCAAGAUGACAAGGAAGAAGUAUUUCUCCUGGAGAGUGACUCCGAAGAUGAUUCCGACAGUGAAAGGAAACCAGUGGAUUCGGUGCAGGUGGAAAAAAUAGAGCGGAAAAUGCCGGGGAUAAAUCCGAGAAUCGACCAGUCAUUGUCAGACAUAGUGAAGAAACAGAAGCAUGUGAAACGCUAUGAGAACAAGAACAGUGCCAAGUUUGUGACUGGACUAGAUAUAACAUCGAAGGAAGCCCGUAAGAAGAGAGAAGACAGGGCCAAGAGGUUUGGUGCAUCAAGCAAAGAUAAAUCAGGAGAGAAGGAGGAGGAGGAGGAACAGGAAGAUAUAUCAAACGUUGUACUAGCCCCAGGGUCUAAAAUAGAUGGUAGUCCUGUUCGUUUUGAAGCACUUCAUCUAAUAGGAGUUGACGACAUGAGUACCCAGGAUAUCUUCAGCUAUUUCCAGAGCUAUGAUCCGUCCUCUAUAGAAUGGAUCAACGACACAUCAUGUAAUAUAGUAUGGAUGGACCCGCACUCGGCCGCCAGGGCCCUUCUAGGCAUGAGCAAGCCUAGAGAAGGCUACUUCAAGCUGGGCCUGAAGAACCUAGCCCAGUCCAGACAUCUGUUAGAGCCAGAACCAGUCCAAGAACCUGAACCUAGGAUAGAACUGGAAUCAGAACCGAUGGAAGAGGGAGGAGAUGAAGAUGAAGAUGGUGUAGACUUGGUUAGUGAUCGAGAGACCGGUGAGAAGGUCCGACCACCUGCCGCCAGAAUCAUCCCCACCUCAACCACCAAUUCACAUUCAAAUUAUGCAGGCAGAAGAGACGAAGGAAUGGAGGGCAUUCAGUUAGGAGACGAAGAUCUAGGUCCAGUAGACAUCACGCACGAAGAGGCUCUCAGGAGAGGGAGAGAUGAGAUACUCAUGCGGUAUGCUACGAGGGAUGAUGUAAAAGAGAGCGGAGCCUACAAACACAGCCAAUAUUACAUCAAGUAUGGCAAUCCUAACUUUGGUGGAAUGAGGGGGAUUAUUACACAGUCAAUGAAACAGAAGAUCCGGCAGGGCAAGUACAUCCCAGGACAGGCCCGGAAGAGAAGGUACGAGGACGACUCCGAUGGAGAGAGGGAGCUCGAGGAGGAAUGGCCUAGGAAACGCAGAGUACCUGGGAGACUGGAGAGACGGUUAGGAGAGCGAGAGACCGGUAGGCAGCACCGCUCACCUCUCCAACCACCACACAGCGAGGACGAGGCCGGCCGCAGCUCCGGGGACGAUGAUGAGGAGGAGGAGGAGGAGGAGGAAGGGGCCAACUUGGAGGCCGAAGUCAGGCAUGCAUUGAGAGAUGGGAAUGAAGGCAGACAUAAGGUGUCAAGAAGAAUGUACGCUGAUGAGAUAGACGACGAGAUUAAGAAGAUAAGAGACACCGUAGAGGUCCAGCAAGCCACCGAACAGGUCAUGACCGAUGCACGUGAGAGACUACGACAAACUCAAGGCCAAGGUCAAGAGAGGCUGUCGGUCAAGAGUCGUCUCGGAGCCCUCGUCGGCCAUUCAAUAACCCCUGCCCCGUCCAUGGAGAACUUGAAGGUGAUCUUAGACGUCAACGAUCGCCUCUCCGAUGCUUGGCAGAGCAGCGGAGACGAGGGAGGCGAGUCAUAUCACGAGGAAGUGGACUACGAGAGCGAUGAGCUUGACCUCGGCAGUGACCUCAGGUCAAGGUUGAGUCGCAGGCAACCUGAAACGUCGCAGUUUAGACCCGGGUUCAGGGAUUCUGACACAACACCAGCCUUCCUUGAGAAUCUUCCUUCCCUUCAAAUUGAGAUCAGAGAAGAACUCUAAAUAUCACAAUGACCUGACCUGACCUGAUGAUCUUUCUCUAGGUCAACUGAUUCAUACAUUUUGAUUACAAGCAAUCUAUUAGGUUCAUUCAUUUUUUUCAUCUGAACAUGUUUUAAGUUGAUCUGAGCAUUAUCCUGCCAAAAAUACAUUUCUGGGCACUGUCUUAGAGUACAAGAGUUUUGAAUGAUUUGAGUCUAUUGUAUUUUAGAUGGACAUUAAUCACAGCUCUUUAUAAAAGAUAAAACGUUUGUGACUUGCAAUUUGAUUUGGAUAAUUUGCCACUCUUUAGAGACAAGGCCCAGGUAUUGACUUUCAAAUAUCAUUUACUACUACCAAAUGUUUUGUUUCCAUUGAAUGUUAAAUGUUUGUGACAUUCACAUAUUUUUUUGAUUGUAUCUUUUGGAGCUAUACACUACAUCCAGAGAAGGUUUGCAGCUUCAUUCUUUCUAGGUUAUUUUAGUUAUUUUACCACUGGCAUAAUGAUUGUAAGAUUGGCCAUAUGGUCAGCUAGCGUAUUUAUAUACUGUUACUCUGUGGAAUACCUCUUCUUCUUCAUUUUUUAACAAUUUUUUGUUUAUCAAUACUUUCUUCCAUUAUGAGUCAGUGCAAUUAAAUUUGAUUCAUUUAAAAUCACAAUGAAUCAAGAUUUUGAUAUUCAAAUAUAUCCUUUUGUGAAUAAAGCAUUGUAAAAUGAACGAGACGUACAAUGUACAUAGACCUAGGGAUGCAUUUUGUAUAGAUUCUAGAUUUCAUAUCUUUCAUACGUUUUUCUGUAUAUAAUGAGUAAUAAAAAUACUGAACCUCUUUUUGUAAUAUUUUGUAUAAAAGAUGAGGAAAAAGAAAAUUCCUGAUUGGGAAUACACAAGUAAAUUUUGUCAUUCUUUGUAAAUCUGCAAAAUUAGCAGUAAUUCUAUGAUUGCAUUUUGAUUAUUUCGUGAUUUAUUUCACCUGAUCGGUAUAAAAAGUAGUAUACAUUUAUGCUCUAAGGUAAAGCUACCAGGUGACCUUUGGCUUUCCCUCCUAUCCAAGGGACUUGGUUAUUGGGGUUUAAUGCUCCUUAACAGAAAGCACUGGCAUAUCGAAUUUUGUUUGCAAACUUGGGACCUCCUGGUUAUGACAGCUGAUUAUUAAAGUCGUCAUAAUAAUAAAAACGGUGCUUAUAAAGCACGUUCCACCAAAGUCUCUAAAUCAUGCCUCCCAACAUUAAUUUUUUCUAUAUUCAGGAUUGGCCUACAUAGUUUCUCGAUACUCCCUCCUUUAACCACCUUUAACCCUCCUUUGGUAGCUUAUCAGCAAAAGAUAUUGGCAUGCAAGGACAUGUCAGGAAUGCAAAUGGCAUAAUUGUUUACAAGAAAGAAUUUAUUACAUAUAGGAAGAACAAUUAUAAAUACCCUAUUUAAUACUUCACCUAGGCUUAUUCUUGAGUAAAUGAAUAAAACAAAAAAUAAAAAUAAAUGGUUUUUAUUUGACCACCGAUUUCUGAAAUUAAUCUGUCGUCAAAAGACAGUGUAGUCAAAAGACAGUGUAGUUUUGUAGAUUGUCAGAACCCCGGUUUCUGAAAUUAGUCUGUCGUCAUGACGAUGUAGUUUCGUAGAACUUUCGGGGAAGACUUCAGUGAAAGCUAUGUGCCAUGUUCAAGCAUGUUUUUGUUUUUAGAACUUGUGUGGAAUAAUUUGUUAAAUACCUGAAAUAAGAACGAUUAAAAUGGUGUGUGCAAUCUACACCGCAUUUCUUUUAUUGCAGUAGAUGUCUAUCAUAACUGUUACAUACCAGUCAGAAUCUUUGCAUUCAUACAUGAUGUAGGUCACAUUUUGACAUCUUGAAAUUUGAGUUCUUUUAUCAAUGUAUAUGUUUAUUUACCCACAGAAAUGAGAAAUUCAGUUAUCAAGCUUUUUUUUCAAUUUUUUUUGGUUUGUACCAUUUUAUAAUUAGUUUCUUACAGGAUACUUCAAAGUAUUGUAAUUCUGUACUUUACAUAUUGUUUGUUCUUUAAAAUAUACCUCAUGAGACUGUUUAAUGGCUUGUUUUUGGUUUUAUUCUUUUUAAGGAGGAUGAACAUUUAAUUUUACGAAAGGUAUGUCAAAGAAUGAUGAUUGUAAAUAAACAGCCAAGAGAAC